AUGUCUACAUAUGAAGAGGAACAUGGGAUACAACAAAAUUCAACUCAAGAGAUGAGAGAAACUUCUCGAGAAGAGCAGAGAAGACAGAUCAGAUCUCAAUUGCAAGGGCUAUUUCAAGGUUCUGCUAACACUAGUGGCGGAGGUAAUGGAUAUUCUGAUUCAACAUUGCUCCUACAAUUAUUAUCACAGUUGCUCCCUGAAUCAUUACAAGAAGAAUGGCUGCAAGAAAUGGAUAAGGGUAAAAAUACAGGCUGUCCCGAUAGUUUUGCAGCAUCUUUACCACGAAUCAACAGGAAAAAACUCAAUUCAACUGACAACUGCUCUAUUUGUUACACUAAUUAUUUGGAAGAUGAGUAUCCCUUGGUUGUCGAAUUACCUCACUGUAAUCACAGGUUCGAUUUGGAAUGCUUGUCCGUCUGGCUUUCUCGAAGUACAACUUGUCCACUAUGUAGAGACGAUGUUAUGGGCCACCGGAUUAUUAAUGACAUUGAUACAAAUGAAGCUGAAUUGGAAGAAGAUUGGGGUAUGUACGGUUAG